ACGACAGUUCACUCGGUCAUUCUCUCUGAAAUGCAAGAAACGUUAAGAAGUCAGGCUACUUCCCGGUCGCUGUUUGGUUAAAUUAAAAACAUAUGAACGUGUUUUAUUUCAUCGGCAGAGAGUAACGCAGGGUAGCUAGGGAAGCAGCGAAACAAGGAGGGGCGUUGUGAUCAACGUGCAUGGAGCGUCCAUCAUUUGGAAUAAUACUUGCAUUUGCAGAUUGGUUUUAACUUUUUGGGGAAACUAUCUCGGCCUAUUCGAAAUACAGCUCUAUUUAAUUCCGCGUCGCUGAUUUCAUCAGACAAACAGUAAUACCAUCGCAGUUACAGAAAGCUUUCCAACUUUGCCAAGUCUACAUUUCCACAAUUGUAUUACAGCUACUGGCCCGAUAAUACCCACGCCUCCUAAAGCAGUUGAAGGUUAUGACAACCAAAUAAAAAUGCGUGAACAAGGCGAUCCAGAACCCGACGCAGGCAAUGAUACUGGAAAGGGUUUCGCAAAAUGGCGACAGAGUGUAACACUGAAAUAAAAGAACAACGUCCCAGCGGAAAUGAAUCUGACAGAAAAAAACUACAAAAUAUAAAAAGUGAAGAACAUACUGCAGACAAGGCGGAAGCAAGACCUGUCGAAGAUAGGCACAACGCUGGGAAAGAAAAUGAAACGAACGUUAGAGAAAAAUCUAGCAAAGAUCCUGCAGUAAGCGUACAGGAGGUUGAUCUCGGCGCAUCGGAGGAUAGAAGAAAGAUAGAGGGGUCUGGUUGGGACAUGGCAGAAUCUCCUACAAUGUCUGAUGGCCAUGACAAAGACGGCAAACGCGACAUAAACGGGAGGACCAAAUCUAACAGUGACAAUUUCGGCCAAGGCGAUGGGAGGAGAUCCGACAAUUUCUGCAGCCCCUCUUCUGGAAAGGUGGUCAGCAGAAUCGAUAUGAAGGAUGAAGGUCGAACACUAAAGACAGAUGCAUCUUGUGAGAAUACACCCACAAUUGGAAAGUCAUCAGUGAAAUGGUGCCAAAACAUCUGGAUCCCUGAUGCCUUCGAAAUCUCAUUGAUAGUGAGAACAAUUGCUGUAUCUUUGGGGAUUAUCUACCGGUUCAGAGGAAGAUGUUUUCGGCCAGGUUAUGAACGAGGUAAAGGUGAAAAUGACACCCCUUCUGGACAAGAGUUCAGACGACCCGACAUAACGGAUACUGGACGACGGCAAACAUAUCUGGGCAGAUUUGCUUCGAGUAGAUCUGCACGUGAAUAUCGUCCUGGUAAAAUUAUACACAUUUUGGCAAGUUAUAAUGACCUCCAGCUGUCCAGACUUGUGAGUAAGCACCGCGAGCAACUGGAAUCGGCAAUUAAAGAUAUCGUGGAGAACAUUAGCGAGAAGCUCGUCAAUGAACAGCGGAUGAGAGAAUUAAACCUUCAGGAAAUAAAUAAUUUGACCAGGAAGAACCAACGGCUGAAAGCUUCGCAACUACUUUUGAAAUCAGUACUUCACGGAAACAUUUGGGACUGUAGAAUAUUUUUGAACAUACUUACCAAAAUGCAGGUGAACCUACAAUGUCUGAUUACGUCUAUGACGCAGGAUGAUGAGGAAGGUGUGAUUCUUCAGUACAGAUAUAAUCUCCGAGUUCAGAGUAGGAAUAUGAAAAUGCCCACGUUACGUUUAAUUUCUGACGUCUAUACUAACCAAAGAAUUACGAUGACACACUCUCUGUCUGAGGAUGCAACCGAAGGAAGAGAUAAUCACGUUCGAGAAGUUGAGAUCCACGAAUGACUGAAAAAAAG